CUCCUCGUCUCUAGCAUUGGCGCCAGUCAGUACGUUGGCAAGACUUGUACAUCUUUCGAUUCCUAUUUCUCGGACCAAUCCCUUUGGCCUCGCAACAACUAACCUACCUGGAUUUCCUCUUGACAUAGGUCACUCAGCGUCGUACGACAACUAACACAUUUUACCAAUCCUGUCGCCGACGACGUGUGUCAGCCUCGCUUUUGGCAGGAAAUUUGUAUACAAUUUUUAUAUCGUGAGCUCAAAGCUCCAUCAACUUUCGAGCUCCGGCCCGGAUACCUCGGGCUUGUCCGCACCUUUCUUCUGGGAUGACUGUCUCCCAUAGGAAGCGACAACACCAACCGGAUGAAAUCCAAACUGUAAACGAGCCCGGCUUGCAGAUUCAAUGUGAUUGCUGUCAGUGCGACUUGACGCAUUCUGCUCGUAUAAAGUGCGCCGAUCCUGUCUGCGAGCCUGGAGAUGGCGUGGACAUCUGUCCCGCCUGCUUUUGCGCCGGCAAAGAGUUUGCCAAACACAAGGCAGCUCAUGCAUACCGAGUUAUUGAACUUCACUCGUAUCCAAUUUUCUCUGCUGACUGGGGAGCAGAUGAGGAGCUCUUACUUAUCGAGGGAAUAUCUCAGGAAGGCCUUGGAAAUUGGCAGAUGAUCGCAGAACACAUUGGCACUCGUACAAAAGAAGAUGUCGAAGAACACUACAACAGUGUAUAUGUCGAUUCCCCCAAUUGGCCGCUUCCUCGGAUGGAUGUCCAAUUUAAUAUUGAUCCAGAUGAAUUCCAGGCUCGCAAGCGCAGACGAAUGUCAGCGAUGACCACUUCUCUACCUCCACCACCCAAGACAGCUCCAACCUCCGCUCCUGGGGUACACGAAAUUGCCACUUUCCUCCCUGGUAGGCUCGAGUUCGAACACGAGCUCGAUAAUGAGGCGGAGGAUCUUGUGAAGGAUCUGGAAUUCGGAAUUUGCCAUGCAUUGGGCGGUGAUCAGAUUAUAGAAGAUGAAAAUGACGCGGAUGUCCGCGCCAGGGCACGAAUGCAGGAAGAGCGCAAAACUGUUGCCGAUUCUAGGAACAGCAGUCAGCCACCUGUCAAUGGUAUCAAUGGCAUCAUGAAUGGCAACGGACAUCUUCCAAUGAACGGCGACGCGCGUGUCAAAUCAGAGGAACCGUCUAGUGAACAGCAGGUUUCAACGGAGGACGACGCAAAUGCGGAAGAAGCAACGCUGCCUCCCCCAUAUGAGACGGAAGAAUCACUCGCUUUCAAGCUGACUCUGAUAGAGAUGUACAAUCAGCGUCUUGACAAGCGACGAGAGGCCAAAGCUAUCAUGUAUGAACGAGGUCUCUUGGAAUACAAGAAGAUGCAAGCCGCCGAAAAAAAGCGUCCGAAAGAAGAAAAGGACAUUGUACAGCGGCUCCGACCGUUCGCUCGACUUCAGACUGCUGAGGAUUUUGAAGUUUUCGCAGCUGAUAUUCUCUACGAAGCCAUGCUAAGGAAGAGGAUACAAGAACUGCAGCAUUAUCGGCGAAUGGGACUUACCACUCCGGCCGAUAUCGAUAAGUUUGAACUCGAUUCCAUUCGCAGGACUCAAGCGAAAGCAAAUUUAUCUCGCGACUAUUAUUCUUCAGAACGUCUGGCACAGCUUCGUGCAUCAGGCAGUACGAGAGAUUCAGAAGGUCGCAAAAGUCACGAGAGAGAAUCAACUCCGAAACUUGGGACUCCUGCCGGAACGGGUCCUCCAAUCCGCAAACCACCUGCCCCUCUCAAUCUUGCCAAUAGCCCAUCCUUGCAUUUACUCACUCCAGCCGAGCAGACCCUCUGCUCCCAACUCCGAAUCUUACCCAAACCAUAUCUUGUCAUCAAAGAGACCCUCGUCCGGGAGUACGCUCGUCGUGGAGGCAAGCUUCGCCGCAGGGAAGCGCGAGAUCUCGUCAAGAUUGAUGUGAAUAAGACGAGUCGAGUUUGGGACUUCCUAGUGCAAGCCGGUUUUCUCAAAAUCACACCGGAUCCGCCACCUGCUGCUGCUGCUCAGGAUACCUCUAUGAACGGCAUCUCCCAUACAUCACUGAGUGUGUCUCCAUCCAAGGAGACCUCGCGUAUUUCACCACAUCCUCCCGCAACAGGGAAUCUGUCCAUUAGUCAAAAUGGAUUUGGUCACCGACCAAUGCCCAAUCACACACCACCUAGCAUACCUGCCCCACUCUGGCCUUCAAUUUGACAUCCUUGCUAUCUUUGCCCCGUCGUUUGCUUCGUCAAGCAGCAUCUGUACCAUAGCAUUCGCAUACAUUAUUUACCACAUGCAACUUAUGGAUUCAUUAUUGAGAUUUUAAA